AUGGAGAACUCGAAGCGCGACGAAGCGGUGGACGCCAUCUCCUCGCCCUCCAAUCCAGCUCACUGGUACGCCUAUGCCUCAUCGGCCUUCCUCAUCUCGCUCUCCCUGCCUCUGCUCCUGUUUCCACGCCUCUUGCUGCUGCUCUCGACGCCACGCGGCGCCGUCGGUCAACCCACCAACGCGUCCACCAAUCAGGACGCCAUCUCGGCCAUCGGCCCCGAACUCACCCCGCUCGAACGCUACGGCUCGCACACCAACGCCAUCUCGAUGCUAGCCAUGUCCGCUCUCAUCCUCGUCCUCUCCGGCGCCAUCCCCGUCACCACCGCUCCCAUGCCGGACUCGAGCUCCGCGGGCAAAUCACCCUUCCGAAUCCCCACCGUCGUCAUCACAGCCGUGUACUUUGCCGUCAACGCUUUCACCGCUUGGAGCGCCGCAGGCGCGUCCCAGUCCAAGGGAAAGACCAUCGACCCCGCAGAGCUCGGCAUCGGAACGUUUGGUAAAGUCGUGGGGCUGGCUCAUGCUGCAUUCGCAUUUUGGGGUUUGGGCGUGUGGAUGUUUGGAAAUGAUCUGACGAGGAACAGGAAGAAGGCGGGUGACCAGUCGGCGAAGGAUAAGAGCGUCAGUGGGUUCCCCUUCAAGAACCAGUACGCGACCGAGGAGAAGAGGAAGAAGUCGACUUGA